UCUCUCUCUCUCUCUGUGUGGCGCUUCACAGUGCUUUUCUGUACCACUUCCGACGAAGAAUAUGGACGGGUCACCGCCGAUACGCCCUCGCCCUCCCAGCCGCGGCGGCGGAAGAGGCGGCGGUCGCGGUGGCGGACCCCCGCCUCCUGUGCAGCUGCACCACAAUCCUUACUAUCCUCCCGCUAGAGCGUGGCCUCCUCCGACCCUUCUCACGAGACCACCCGAUCAUCGUCGUCAACCUUACCAGCAUGCGCAACAUUCUGUUCCGAGCAACGCGGAGCGGCUGGAGAGGAUCGACCGGGCCGUCGCGAAGGCUCGGCGCGAUCUCCUCGCCACCGGAGAGAGCGUCUCGUCGUGGAAAGUCUCGCAGGCCGUGGUCUUGGCUCUGCAGGUCGAGUCGUGGGACUCCCUGGGGUUCAGCAUGCAGCAGGUGCCCUCUCUUAGGAGCUUAAUGGCUGUUGAAGGAAAGAUAAAUGCAUUCAUCCAUUGCUUUGUGGAAACCCGGAAAAUCACCUCAUUGUAUGAUAUGCAAAUAGCAAUCUGCAAAAAUGAGGGCAUUGAACGAUUUGAAGAACUUGAAUUGGGCCCCUUUUUGCAAUAUCCCCUUGUUAUGCAUUACUUUUCCCUGAACAGUGAUAUGACUGAAGUGCUCGAGAUAACUAGUGAGGAGAUUGUGUGUCUUCUUGUUGAAUUCUUUAUUAAACGCAAGAGUGAGAAACGCAAGAGUAGAAAACCUGUUGAGAUUGAGGAUCUUCUCAGCUUUAUAGCCAAAGAGAAAUCAGUCUCGGGAACGGAAAAGCUUGGAGUACGAAUUUGGAACCUGGGGCUUCAUAUAUCCUUUAUCUUAGAUGCAAAGAGAUCAGAAGAGACAAGCUUGAGGAAAUCUGUGAAGAAGCUGCAACGACAAGCUAAUGAGCAGCGGUUGGAUGAUAUUUGUAUGCCAUGGGAGGAAGAUUUUAUUGGCAAGGACUUAAAUUUGGUUUGUUCAAGUUCAGAUGAUGAAGAUGGUGACAACUUCUUUAAUGAUGAUAAGAAGCAUGAUGAUGAUUGUAACAGGGAUGAAAAAGCAGGCCAAAACAUGCUCAGCAAGGCAUCUGAAAGUUCUGAGAUUAUUGAGACCAAAGAUCUUACUUAUGUAGAAUGGCUUGAAAGAGACAUGGAAGAGAGGGACAAAAUUUUGACGAAUAGAGCCAAUUACACAAAAAAGGGUAAAAAGAAGAAUGGUGCUACACUGGUUCUGGAGAUUAGUGCUAUGAGAAGUUUCAUGAAGAAAUGGAAGGAAGCGUGUCAAGCAUGUUCUCUCUCCAAGGUCACGGAGAAAAUGCUAGACAUGUAUGUACUUAACCAGAAAAAGCGACGCAAGAUGGGCAGGAUGCUUCAAGCAUAUCCCUUGGUCGGGUUGUUGAAUGUCGCUGUAACUUGUAUCAAAUGUGGAAUGUUGGAAGAUGUAUAUGAUGCUAUUGGUAAACAAAUGGCAGAUGGGAUCACUCUGCCGACCCCCCUGCCUGAAAGCAAAGAUACACAUUCAACUUUAGAGAGUGCAACCGACAAUGCUCUGCACAGUGCAGAGCCUGCAAAAAGUAUCAUCUCAAAGCAUGGAUCCCUGAGUCAUUUACCCAGUGUCCCUGUUGAAGACAUUACCAGAGAAAUUGGUGCUUAUUAUCAGCUUGAUCAUGAGAAAACAAGCAACAACAAAUCAGUUCUGGAGAUGAGAGUUAAUUUGUUGAGAAAGCUUGUUGACUGUGACUCUUGGCUGGCAAAGCAAUUUUUUGUUAAUGAAUUUGAGUCACUUGGUCAUGGAGAGUUUUUCAGUUUCCUGACAGAACACAUAUCUCUUAUGCCUACUGAGCUGAAACAGUUCUUGAAUGGUGAUAUGUAUGAGAAGUCCCACUUUGAGGUUUGCAUGCUGCAGCAUCAGUUGAUGGUAAUAAUAUCACAAGCAUUGAAUAGCUUGUGGGACGGCGAAGUAGUGACCAAACAGAUGAUUUCGACAUUUCUUCUGAAGCAAUUCCCCAAUCUCAGUUUCAAAAUGGAAGUUGGUUCAGUGGAGAAUUUUCUAGAUAUUGUUGGGGAGUACAGAGGCAUCGCAAUGUCAAAAUGUGUCCUUUUCUCUCAGACAUUGAUGGGUGUCCAUGGUCAGGCUAUGCUGGCGCAUGAUGAUGAUUAUGUGGUUGAACUUGAAACCAUUGGUAGAGUAACCGAUGUUUCACAGAAGAUAGGAAAAUUAGAAUCAGUGUCAUCUCAGGAUGCAAUCGAAGUCUUAUUAAGAGCACCGAUGCUGUCAGAUUUAAGUCGUUGGUCACAUUGGGACAUUAAGUUUGCUCCACAUCUUGGCCCUCUUGUAGGAUGGUUGUUGAAUGAAGUUAAUAGAACAGACUUGUUGUGUUUAGUGACGAAAGAUGGUAAUGUGAUCCGGAUUGAUAGUUCUGCCAGCGUGGAUCUAUUUCUGCAAUCUGCCCUUCAAUCAUCGCCUUUCCAAACAGCGGUUCAGUUGCUCUCUUUGUUCUCAAUACUCGGCGGACAAAAACAUGUCCCUCUGUCUCUUUUAAAAUGCCAUGCACGUCGUGCAUUUGAAGUCGUCUUGGACGAUAAGGAAGUGACCAACAGUUGGAAUCUUCAGAUGCAAGAAAAAGCAGCUGGUAUGUCAAAGCUGUCGGAUGAAUCAUUCCAGAAUUCCACUGGCAAGUGUAAUGCAGUGCUUGUUGCAUCAAGAUAUUUUCUUGAAUGCCUCAGUUAUAUUCCUUCAGAGUUUCGUGCUUUUGCUGCUGAUGUGUUACUAUCCGGUAUGCAAUCUGUCAUAAAACAUGUACCUUCAACCAUCUUGUCAGAAUGUAAACUUGUGGAGGAACGAAUCAUGCUUCAUGAAGUGGGACUAUAUCUUGGUAUUGUGGAGUGGAUUGAUGACUACCUUGUCUAUUGCUCCUCUACUGAUGUUGAGAUGUGUAAACCUGGUGAAGCUCCAUCAUUCAAAGCUGACACCUCCAAGUCAAGCACAGAUUCACUGUCUGCAAUAUACAAUCCACAAAAAUCAUCUCCUGCAGAAGAAGACAAUAAUGUGUCCUCUCUUGUUUCUAAGGGUCAGAGUACCAUAAAUAAUGAAAUUUGUCACAGUUCUGAUAAUCCAGAAGUUUGCAUUGAUAAGAGUCUGGCACAAAAUGAAACCGUUGAAUAUGAGGAUGCUUACUCAAUCAUUGAAUCUAUAAGGCGAGAAGAAUUUGGUCUUGAUCCUAGUCUUUCUGGUACAGAAAGUAGCUUGUUGAAAAAGCAACAUGCCCGUCUGGGGAGAGCACUUCAUUGUCUUUCCCAGGAGUUAUACUCUCAGGAUUCUCAUUUUCUUCUUGAGUUAGUUCAAAAUGCUGAUGAUAAUACCUAUUUAGAAAAUGUUGAGCCAGCUCUUAUAUUUAUCCUUCAGAAGUCAGGAAUCAUUAUUCUGAAUAAUGAACGGGGCUUUUCUGCUCAAGACAUUAGAGCACUAUGUGACGUUGGCAAUUCUACGAAAAAAGGAAGUGCUGGAUAUAUAGGGAAAAAAGGCAUAGGUUUCAAAUCAGUAUUCCGUGUUACUGAUGCACCUGAGAUUCAUUCGAAUGGGUUCCAUAUAAAGUUUGACAUAAGUGAGGGACAAAUUGGUUUUGUUUUGCCAACUGUUAUACCUCCUCUUGAUCAUAAUGUGUUAAGCAAGUUCACAUCUGCUAAGAUUGAUCAUUUCAAUACUAGCUGCUGGAAAACUUGCAUUGUUCUUCCCUUCAGAUCGGAUUUGUUAGAAGGAACUGGAAGCAAUAAUUUCAUAUCCAUGUUCUCAGAUAUUCAUCCAGCCUUGCUACUAUUUCUUCAUCGUCUUCGUUGUAUUACAUUCAGAAAUAUGCACGACGAUUCCCAUAUUGCCAUGAAAGGAAACUUGUGGUAA